CCCCCCCCCCUCCGGAUGGCUUCGUUGCGGAGGGUCAAGGGGCUGCUGGCGUUGAACCUGGUGGCCGUGGCCGGCUUCGUGCUCUUCCUGGCCAAGUGCCGGCCCGGGGCGGUGCGGACCGGCGACCCCCUCCCCGAGCCCCAGCCCCGGGCCCAGGAGGACCCCCGCAGCCCCCGAGGCCCCGGCCCCGUCCAGGACGCGGUGCUGAAGCGGCUCUCCCUGCUGGAGGACAUCGUCUACCGACAGCUCAACGGUUUAUCCAAGUCCCUAGGCCUCAUCGAGGGCUACGGUGGGCGCGGGCGGGGAGGUCUGCCCGCCACGCUGUCCCCAGCCGAGGAGGAGAGAGCCAAGGGCCCCCACGAGAAGUAUGGCUACAACUCGUUCCUCAGUGAGAAGAUUUCGUUGGACCGUGCCAUCCCGGACUAUCGGCCAACCAAGUGCAAAGAGCUGAAAUAUGCCAAGGACCUGCCGCAGAUCUCCAUCAUCUUCAUCUUCGUGAACGAGGCCCUGUCCGUGAUCCUGCGCUCCGUCCACAGCGCCGUCAACCACACGCCCGCCCACCUGCUCAAAGAGAUCAUCCUGGUGGAUGACAACAGCGACGAGGAGGAGCUGAAGGGGCCACUGGAAGAAUACGUCCACAAGCGCUAUCCCGGGCUGGUCAAGGUCGUACGGAACCAGAAGCGGGAGGGGCUGAUCCGCGCUCGGAUCGAGGGCUGGAAAGCUGCCAGCGGCCAAGUCACCGGCUUCUUCGAUGCCCACGUGGAAUUCACUGCGGGCUGGGCGGAGCCGGUGCUGUCCCGCAUCCAGGAGAACCAGAGGCGGGUGAUCCUGCCCUCCAUAGACAACAUUCGACAGGACAGCUUCGAGGUGCAGCGCUACGAGAACUCGGCCCACGGCUACAGCUGGGAGCUGUGGUGCAUGUACAUCAGCCCCCCCAAGGACUGGUGGGAUGCCGGAGACCCCUCUCUGCCCAUCAGGACUCCGGCCAUGAUCGGCUGCUCCUUCGUGGUCAACCGGAAGUUCUUUGGAGAAGUGGGUCUCUUGGACCCUGGGAUGGAUGUGUACGGAGGGGAGAACAUCGAACUGGGCAUCAAGGUGUGGCUGUGUGGAGGGAGCAUGGAGGUGCUGCCGUGUUCACGCGUGGCUCACAUUGAGCGCCGGAAGAAGCCGUACAACAACAACAUUGGCUUCUACACCAAGAGGAAUGCUCUCCGCGUGGCCGAAGUCUGGAUGGAUGACUUCAAGUCCCACGUGUACAUCGCGUGGAACUUGCCCCUCGAGAACCCGGGGAUCGACAUCGGCGACGUGUCCGAGCGCAGAGCCCUGCGCAAGAGCCUCAAAUGCAAGAGCUUCCAGUGGUAUCUGGACCACGUGUACCCUGAGAUGCGCAGAUACAACAACACCGUGGCCUAUGGGGAGCUUCGCAACAACAAGGCGAAAGAUGUGUGUCUGGACCAGGGCCCUCAGGACAACCACACGGCCAUCCUCUACCCGUGCCACGGCUGGGGGCCGCAGCUCGCCCGCUACACCCGGGAGGGGCUCCUGCACCUGGGGGCCCUGGGCACCACCACACUCCUGCCCGACACCCGCUGCCUGGUGGACACGGGAAAGACCCGCUCUCCCCAGCUUCUCGACUGCGACAAGGUCAAGAGCAGCCUGUACAAGCGCUGGCAUUUCAUCCAGAACGGAGCCGUCAUGAACAAGGGCACGGGCCGCUGCCUGGAGGUGGAGAGCCGGGGGCUUUCUGGCCUGGACCUGACCCUCCGCAGCUGCACCGGACAGCGCUGGACCAUCAAAAACUUCAUCAAGUAGUGGAGUGAGGUCUCCGAGCCCAGAGCUGGGCCCUGGGAUCUGGGGUCUAGGGAAGUGGGGGCUUUGGGUUCCGGCAGGGUCUUCUCAGGAUUGUGGGCCUGUAGCAGGGGGUUCCCCCCGGCCCUGCAUCUCUAUUUCUGGCUCUGGCCCACUGGCCCCCGGUCCACUGACCCCUGGACCGCUGAUCCCGGAUCUCCGGCCCUGAACCGCCUUCUCUGAAGCUCCGGGUCGCUGGCCCUGGAUCACCGGCUCCAGAUGACCAGCUCUGGAUCACCAGCCCCGAAUCACCAGCUCACGGGCUCCAGGACGCUGGCCCUGGACUGCCUGCUCCAGGUCACCACCUCUGGCUACUGGCCCUGGACCUCCGGCCCCAGAUCACCAGUGCAGAUCGUCGGUUCCAGACCACCAUCUCCAAGUCAUCGACGGGCAGCAUGGGGGCCCCCGGGUGAACCCGCCCUGAGUGCAGGGCAGCGCCGGGGACUUUUCAAGAAUGCAAGGUCAGCCGUGGAGUCAGCCCGUGGCCCCUGAGAAGUCUCUUUGGACAAUUGACCGGGCUGGACCACCCUUCCACCCCUUUCCCACUCCCCAGAACCCAGAUCUCCUGCCCAGAGGACACAGGUCCCCCUCCCGACCCAUCCCCAAAUGCCGCUCCCACUGCUCCUAGCAGUGGCCAGACCUCAGGCGAGAGGCCCCCUCUGCACCGCUCUUCCUCCUCUCCCUCUCUCCCCCUUCCCCUCCUUACUCUUCUCUCUGUCUCCCUCUCUACCCCAUCCCCUUCCCUUGUUCUGCCCUUUGCAAGGCUGUGGACCCCCACACCCACCCGCCCUCCCGGUCCCUCCCAGUGAAACAGCUGCCCCUCCUGCCUCCGAGCCCCAUCGGACUUUGAACAGCUGGGGCGCGAGCCCAGAGCCUUGGGCCUGCCCGUGGGGAACAGGACAGAAAUCUGCAGCCCCCUGGCUCUGCCUGGCCUGGGGCUCAGGGGGCUGUGGGGGAGAGGUGCCAGGGGAAGAGUUGCUGGGGGCAGGGCACUGGUUUUUCUCUCCAUCGAAAGGGCACGGCUGCCCCACACCAGGGUCACCUGCAAGCAGGUGGUGAAAUUGGAUUGUGGGGCCACACCCCUCCUGACCCCAGUUCUGCUUCCCCUCUGUCACAGAAAGGCCCUUAUGCAUCCAGGGGAGAGAGAGAAAGAGUAUGUGUGUGUGUGUGUGCUCAUGAGGGUCAGGUGUGUCCCUACAGAAUGACUCCACUGUCACCCUCUCCUCUCCUCCCCUGGUGGGUCCAGUGACUCUCUCGUGGGGCUAGGGGCCGGGGACACAUCUCCAUGUCCCAUCAAUGGCUGGCUCAUCAUUGGCCAGUUAUGACAGUCCCCCAUGCUGACCGCACUGCAGAGCCUCAGGCCGUACUGGGCCCUGUGGUCCCUCUGCCGUCCCCCUCAGCUCGUGGGGAAUAAAUUUUAGCCUGGGCAACAGGCUGGAGUCCUGCUUUUCUCACUGACACCCCGAGGCUGUGGAAGGUGAGGAAGAAGGAAUAGAGUGGAUGGAGAGAGAGGAUCCAAAUUAGCUGGCUCUGGGAUUGAUUCAGCACCAGUUCUGUGCCGAGCACUGGUCUACGUGCUGGAUGGAUACAGGAAAAUGAGACACAGAUUCCUUCCUACAUGGAGCUCCUGGCCUAGGAGCGAGGGACUUGUUCCAGAGGUGGACACAGGCCCGGAGAGGUUAAGUAGCUUGCAGAAGAUCACACAGGAAGUGGAACUGGGGCCAGAACCCAGGUCUUUGAGUUCCUGGUUCUCACUCUUCCCAGCCUCCUGCUCCCAUGACCCUCGUCGCCCCAAGGAACCCACCUGCCUGGGUCCUUCCAGGCAUAGCCCAGCCCCCGCCGCCCCCCCCCACCCAGUCCCCACCUCAAAUCUUUCUGGCACUGGAUCUGUCUGCGCUGCAGAGGUUGGGGGGGGGCACCCACGGGGCUGGCGGGAGGUCAUGGUCUCUGUGCUGGCCCAGGGGGAAGGGGCGCACCCGCUGGGCUGGACCGGCCUACCGACCAACUGGUGGCCCUCCCCCCACACGCCCACCUGCUAUCGGGAGGCGGCGGGGGAAUGGAUGUAGUAUUGAGGGGAACCUCUCAUGAGGUGACUUGGGGGCUGGGACCCCUCUCCCUCCCCUAAACAACACCCCAGCACCCCACUCCUCCCCUCCCUCAGGGGCUCCCCACGGGGGCCUUCCCUCCCUGCCCCCACCCUGUUCUCCAACCAGGCUUCCUUCCCCCUCACUCUGUCUCUGCAUUUCCUCUCCAGUCGCCUCCGUCUCUCUCAAUCUCUCUCCAUCUCACUCCGUUUCUCUCCAUUUCUCUAGCUAGCUCCAGCUCCUCCUCCUCUUCCCCUUUUUAAUCUGGAAAUAAUUUAUUCGCUUGUGUUCACCAUG